AUGAAAGGCAAGUCCACGAAACACACUGUGGACAAGGUGUUUGUGGACACUAACGCUGCUCUGGUUGACACAACAAUGCUGGCACACCCAUCACCCAAGGCUCCGAUCGCCAUUACUACACUCUUCAGACUACGCAGUCGGGGUGGUGCACGAGCACUGGAGGCCCGCCAGUUCAUGGUGUUUGUGGACCAGAAACCACUGAUGUUCACCACGGACGCUGUGGAGGACAUAAACAGGAGGUCCGAGUUGGGGAACCUCACACUGAGGUAUCACAUCCUGGACUCCUGCUCUGAUGUUGCCAUUGCCUUGGAGCAGACUCUGUCCUUCAUGGACAGUAGAGAAUGUCAUAGCCAGAAACGUGGGUAUGGGAGUAUGGAUGGCCGAGAAUCCCCCUCCCCACCUGUCAUGGCUGUCAUCGGUGGUUACUACUCAGAGAUAUCCAUAGCUGUUGCUAGGCAACUCAACAUGGAGCACAUCCCUCAGAUAAGUUAUGGGUCAACCUCUGGGACCCUAAGUGACAAGAACCGCUUCCCAAAUUUUAUGCGCACAGUGGCAGAGGAUGAUCAUCAGGCACAAGCCAUUGUCCAGAUACUCAAAGUACAUAAAUGGACGUGGGUUGGUGUGGUGACUACAGAUGGUGACUAUGGCCACUAUGCCGUUCACCGCUUUCAGCAUCAUGCCACACAAAACAAGAUCUGCCUAGCUUUUACCUCUGUCCUUACUGACAUUCUGGGCGACAACCAACUCAUGGACCAAAUCAAUGCAACAGUUAAAAAAAUUAUCAAGAAUACCAAUGUUAAGGUCAUCGUGUCCUUCGCCAGGCCUGGUCAUAUGAAGUUACUUUUCAGUAGUCUUCUCCGCCAUCCGGGAGGCAGGGGGAAAGUGUGGGUGGCAAGUGAGACCUGGUCAGAAUCUCAUCAUGUGUUACAGAACUGGACCCUAAGUGAUGUGGGAACCAUCAUCGGUAUCACUUUCCAGUCUGGAAAUGUGUCCAGGUUCCUGCAGUACCUCAGCAAUCUUAAUGUAUACCCUGACCACCACAAGAACAACAGUUUCCUGCAUAGAGUGGCAAACAGAGACAAACCCGGUAACUCAGCCAAUGAGCUACCAAAACAGAACACAUCCCCGUAUACUGUGUUCAGUAUUGAGUUGGCUGUUAAAGCUAUUGCUCAAGCUGUGGCAGACCUUUGUGCCGGUAGGGAUUGUAAGACAAGAAAAAAACUGCAGCCGUUGGAGGGAGACGUGUUUUCCCAGUGCUCUAAUAGCUGUAUUCCAGGCUACAGGAAGAAAGUAAUACUGGACGAGUUUUUCUGCUGCUAUGAGUGUAUUGCCUGCCCCGAGAACCACUUUUCCAAUGUCACAGAUGCUGCAGAGUGUCAUCGUUGUGCCACUGAUAGUCAUUAUUCCGUGAUCGGCAGCGCCGAUUGCACUAAAAAGAAAACUGUGUACUUAGAUUGGAAGGAUUUCUACUGCGAUCUCCUGCUGGCAGUAGCUGCCCUGGGGGUACUGCUCACAUUGGUUAUUGGGAUCCUCUUCAUAACUUACUGGAACACCCCUGUUGUGCGGGCAUCUGUCCGCCCCAUCUCGCUCCUUCUUCUUCUUUCCCUCUUGGGCACCUUUGUGAGUGUGGUCUUGUUUGGUGGUAUACCCACCAGGGAGAAGUGCCAAGCACAGCAGGUACUGUUUGCCCUCAGCUUCACCCUGUGUGUGUCCUGUAUCCUGGUCAAAUCUUUUAAGAUUAUCUUGGCUUUUGAGUUUAAGCCCAGAGUACACGGGCUCAUGAAGAGGCUCUACAAUCCCUAUGUCACCAUUGCAGUGUGUAUGUUGCUGCAGGUGGUCAUCUGUGUCUUUUGGAUGGUGUUCAGGUCUCCAAGUCCCAAGUUGGAGAAACUGAAUGACAAAGAGCUUGUGAUCAAGUGUGAUGAAGGGUCGCUUGGUGCAUACAGAGCAAUGCUGAGCUACAUCGGCCUGCUGGCUCUCAUUGGCUUGGUUUUUGCAUUUAAAGGCAGAAAAUUGCCACACAGUUUCAACGAGGCCAAGUUCAUUACCUUUGGUAUGCUUAUCUACUUUCUCUGUUGGAUUAUCUUUGGCCCAGUUCAUGUCAACAUCAAAGGCCGGUACCUUCCAGCAGUGAAGAUGAUCGUCAUCCUCAUCUCAGCAUACGGCAUCCUGUUUUGUCACUUCCUCCCAAAGUGUUACAUAAUUCUGUUCAAGCAGGAAGAAAACACCAAGCAUGCAUUCCAGCAAGACAUUAAGAGCUUUUCCUUCGGUGACAAAGGGUUGUUUGGGCUGUGGAGGAAUGGCCAUUAUCUCCCUGUGUCCGGCAGCAUAAAGGAGCCCCCCUCAGCCCCAGUCACCCCUGCUUUAGGGUUCCCACAGGGGGAGGGACAGGGGCUGGUCACACUGGCCUGCAGAAAGUGA